AUGAAGGUACCUCCUGGAUCUGGUGGAGGAAAGAAAUGGACUACGUUGGAGCACAAUGGUGUUAUUUUCCCUCCUCCUUACAAGCCUCAUGGUGUCAAAAUGCUUUACAACGGGCAACCUGUUGAUCUGACACCAGAACAAGAGGAGGAGAAAAAAGCAUUGCAGGAGGAGAAAUUGAAACAGGAGGAGAAAUACAUGUGGGCUGCUGUAGAUGGUGUUAAAGAGAAGGUCGGAAAUUUCAGAGUAGAACCACCUGGUUUGUUCAGGGGACGUGGAGAACAUCCAAAGAUGGGAAAACUGAAGCGCCGCAUUCAACCAAGCGAUAUCACAAUAAAUAUCGGAGAAGGAGCUCCAGUCCCUGAGUGCCCGAUAUCUGGAGAAAGUUGGAAGAAAGUGAAACAUGACAAUACGGCUACGUGGUUGGCCUUUUGGAAUGAUCCCAUUAGCCAAAAGGAUUUCAAGUAUGUUUUCCUGGCAGAAAGCAGCCCACUGAGGGGGCAAAGUGACAAAGAGAAGUAUGAGAAGUCCAGAAAAUUGAAGGGUCACAUACAAAGAAUUCGUGAGAAUUAUACAGAAGAUUUCAAAAACAAAGAUGUGACCAGGAUGCAAAUUGCUGUGGCAACAUAUCUUAUAGAUAAAGUAGCCCUUAGGGCAGGCAAUGAAAAGGACAAUGAUGAAGCUGACACUGUUGGUUGCUGUAUGUUGAAGGUUGAUAAUAUUACUUGUAUUCCGCCAAAUAAGAUUCAGUUUGACUUUGUGGGUAAAGAUUAUAUAAGAUACUUUUACACUGCUGAGGUUGAAGAGCUUGUGUAUAAGGCAAUUGAGGGUUUCCUUACUGGAAAGAAGGCGGGAGAAGAUCUCUUUGACAAGCUAGAUACAACUAGGCUAAAUGCUCACUUAAAGGAUCUAAUGCCUGGGCUUACUGCAGAAUUGCAUGAAGAAAUAGAAGAUGGAACUCUUGUAGAAAGAAUCGCUUUCUAUCAACGAGCAAACAAAGAGGUUGCCAUAAUCUGUAACCAUCAGCGUAGUGUCUCAAAAUCACAUGAAUCCCAGAUGACUAGACUGAACGAAAAGAUUGAUGAAUUGAAGUCCCAAAUGGAGGAGCUGAAGGCAGACUUGAGCAAAGCGAAGAAAGGGAAGCCUCUAGGAUAUGAUAAAGAGGGGAAGCAAAAGAGGGACUUGGCUCCUGAAGCGUUCGAAAAGAAGAUCGCAAUGCUUGAAGGAAAGAUAGAGAAGAUGGAGAUGGAUAAGAAUAUAAAAGAUGAUCUGAAGACGGUUGCACUUGGAACAUCAAAGAUCAAGUACCUUGAUCCUAGGAUUACCAUCGCAUGGUGCAAACGCCAUGAGGUCCCUUUUGAGAAGUGUACUUGCCACCUGUCGAUAGCGUUACGUUCUGUUUUGCAUUUUGCUGAGGAAUCUGAGCUCUUUUGA